AUGCGUGACAUCGCAGAGCAAAUCAUUCACGCCAAGGGCAGCGACGUGGACAGAGCCACAGAGACGAAUGAAGAGGGGCCGGUCCGCGAGGUGCUGUCGGCGGCGAGGCGCCAGGAUACCGGAGCCCAGCGGACGGUAGACGAAGGGCAUCGAAAAGCGGGUGUGUCCGUAAAGCCGCCCCCUGCAACGAGCCUGUCCAAGGCAGACGCCCGCUGGAGGCGGCAGGCGGCCGAGGUGCGGGACGAGUUCCUCCACGCCUGGCACGGCUACCGCCAGUACGCCUGGGGCCGGGACGAGCUGCGGCCGCUCAGCAAGCAGGGGAGGGACACAUUCGGCGGCAUUGGCGCCACGGUCUUAGAUUCGCUCGACACCCUCUGGCUGAUGGACUUUCGCGACGAGUUUGCCGAGGCCACCGGCUUCGUUCGGGACUCGUUGGACUUCAGUCGCGCCGGAGAGGUCUCGGUCUUCGAGCUCACGAUCCGGGGCCUCGGUGGCCUCCUGGGCGCGUACACUCUCUCGGGAGAGAAGGUCUUCCUUGACCGCGCGAAGGAGCUCGGCGAGCGGCUCCUGCCAGCGUUCAACACCAGCUCGGGGCUCCCGAUGCCCAGGUGCAACAUCGCUACCGGAUACUGCGCGCCGACCUCGGAGCCAACCAUCCUCGCUGAGGCCGGGAGCAUUCAGCUGGAGUUGCGGUCCCUCUCGGAGCAGACUGGGGACCCGCGCUUCCGCGCAGCAGGCGACGCAGCGUUCGCUGCCAUCCAGUCUGGAGGGAAGACUGGCAUUUUACCUGUGUACUUGUCGGCUGCAGAUUUCACACCCGUGCAGAUGAUGUCUUUUGGGAGGUUUGCCCUUGGAGCGCAGGCCGACUCCUACUUCGAGUACUUGCUGAAGACGUGGUUGCAGAGCCCAGACGAGAAAAGACUGAAGGACCUUUGGCUCACCGUUAUGGACGAGCUGCCGAGCAUGGUGCGGCCGUCGCCAGUCAAGCCAGUUAGGACGACCGCGGACGACAAUCUGGAGGAAGUGUUUUCCACGGCCUUUGAGGACAUCCCGAAGUACAAGGUGAUCGGGAAACAGUCGGACGGCGAUGUCAUCUGGCAGAUGGACCACCUCAGCUGCUUCGUCCCUGGGAUGACCGCGCUGGGAGUCAUGAGCCUCCCCCAGCGCGACCUCGAGCUGAAUGCCCGGAACCAGACCUGGCUGCGACUCGCCGAGGGCAUGACGGCCGCGUGUGUGGAGAUGUGGACGAGGACGCAGUCUGGUCUCGCGCCCGAGUUCUAUCGAAUCAGUGCAAAGCCCCCCCACGACUACGUUCCCGAGAUCCCUGGGGGCAUGGCCACGCGCUCGUAUCUGCGCCCAGAGACAGCGGAGUCGCUCUUCUACCUCCACCGCCUCACUGGUCACGAGAAGUACCGGCGAUGGGGUGCGAACCUCUUCGACGCCAUCAAGAAGAACAGCAGGGUCGACACCGGCUUCGCCUCGGUCGACGAUGUCGACAAGGUGCCCACCGAAAAGCUCGAUGAGAUGCAGUCCUUCGUGUUGGCGGAGACCUUCAAGUACCUGUACUUGCUGUUCUCUCCGGCCGAAACCCUCGACCUCGGACAGUACGUCCUGAACACCGAGGCGCACCCGUUGCCAAAGAACCAUCGUUGA